CCCCAGGCAUCAACGCCAAACAUGAAGAAACACAAAACAACUCGCCAAAGAAGCGAGUGCUUUUCCAAGAUUCCUCGUUCUCCAAAGUGCGACGGGAUUCGAACUCGGUAACUCUCACCUGGCACAUCAGACCUCUGACGGUGUGACAGAGUCGCAUCGCGGCCAGUGACCAUGGCUACACCGAGCCAGCUGAACCCAACUCCUUCGUCCACCAUCGAUCCCUUGGAACGUGUAACCUCUCAGCUUCCAGUUCCAUCUCAGGGCUCGAAUGAAAUCCAGAUGCGCUACAAGCUGGCCUCGACAACCUUCAAAACCCUGUGCACCAUCGGCAAAUCGCCGACCCGCUCCGACAUCCUCAAGAAAGCAUGUUUUGCAGCCGAGUUUCGCUCGUUCCCAAUCAAACAAUCCGAGAAGGCAUUCCUCCGAGAAGUCAACGAUCACUCCGCAAUCCCCUACCCAAUCACGGGGAACCUCAAUCUUCCAUGGCACAAGGCCUUCCUCGUCAUCCAAGUCGAUCUCUUACGAACUCAAUGGCCCAAUAAGCUCUCAGCAACUGCACGCAAGGAGCUCCAUCAGGAACUUGGCCGUAUGCACAAACUGCUGGACCGAGUUCUGAGGUGUCUAGUGGACAUCUUAGGGGAAAGACAGGAUGGAAAGGGUGUGAAUACCGCCCUUGAUGUCUUGAGAAGUGUCAAGGCUGGGGUUUGGGAGGACAGCGAGAAGCAGUUGCUACAAGUCGACGGAGUCGGCCUUGUCAAGAUGAACCGCUUGGUCGAGGCUGGCGUCAAAAACAUUCGACAAUUGUCACGGUUGGAGUUUUACCACAUUGAGCGGUUGUUAAGUCGCAACCCUCCAUUUGGCCAGAAAAUGCUGCACGAGCUUGCCGGAUUCCCAAUGCUGACUCUCAACUUUGAGAUGCUUGGACAAUACCGCUCACCACCACACCCUGGAUCUUCUGCUGCCAAUAAAGAUGGGCUGCUGAUGGCCGAAGCCGUGCCAUCAUUGCCUGUCCCGACUUGGAUUGUUCGUGUGGUGCUGGGAUUUGAAAACGAGCAAAUUCCAAGCUGGAAGAAGCUCAGCCCCUGGGCAACUCUGGUGGUGGAGGGCCAUGAUGGAAGACUCGUGUGGUUCUGGAGGGGAAGCGUCAAGAGAUUGGAGGGAGACAAAGAAAUGGUCAUCGGCUUGAGUGCAACCAAGGGUGAAGUGCUGAAGAUUGUCUUUGCGUGUGAAGAAAUCGUGGGAACAACCAUACAGAAGUCUGUUCAAGUGGCACGACGAUCAGAACAAACAGCUCACGAGCAGGUUCUCGCUGGUGUACUAGCUGCGAUCAACACACCCACCCAGGCACCAGGCCAAUACCGAUGCGACUCAAUACAGCCGCGCCAAGCUCAUUCGGCUGUAGCACGCCUCGCGAGGCAGAUUUGGACCGUCGGUGCGGGGUUGAUACCAAUAAGAUCGGACCAAACUGACCGCCCGAGGAGCCUUUGGUGAUGAGGGUUAUUCGACUGCCCAAGGAGCUCCGGAUAUCCCUGCGCAUUGCCGAGGAGGGCGCUACCAUUGCAGAUCGCCCCAUUGGGAGAUUUUCCUGGGCAUAGUUACCGCAGGCACACGGACGUUUUCUGCCCUAUCUACGGGCCCCUGCGUCGCGAUGCAAAACAACCAAAGUCUCACAGACCGAUUCAUCACAUCAAAUACGACCAGUACGAGUGGUUUCUGGCAGACGAAUGGUGGACCGGCG